UCAAAGUAUAUAUCAUCACUCUCUCUUCUCCACUUUUCAAACUAAUUUCCCAUUCUUCUCACCAGAGCAAAAAACACACAAUAAUUUCAUAUACAGAAAUUAAAUGAAUACGGAAAUGAUAGAUUUCAACUUCGACAGUGCUUGUACUACUCCCUAUAUAAGUGCUCCUGCAAGUCCUCAACAUUUUGGGACAACAUUCUUUUUCAGUGCCCCAACAAGUCCUACUCGUAUUUCCGCCCUUUACGGAGAAACUAACGUUACCCGUUACAACGAUCAUGAUGAUGAUAAUGCAGAUGAUUUCGCUUUUGAAUUUAACGGACAUGAAUUGGAGAAAAACAUAAUAAUAUCUGGAGCUGACGAGCUAUUUGAUGGCGGAAAAAUCAAGCCUUUAUUUGAGUCCCCGAUAUCACCAAAGCGGAGGCUCAAAGGUAAGAAGAACGCGAUCGAGCCAACUAUAGAAGCCAAGGAAAGAACUCAAAAUUCUAUAAGAAAUAAUUCUUCUGGUUCCAGUAGACAUAAAGCGACAAGAUCAUUAUCUCCUCUGAGAGUAUCAGAUUUAUUGUUAAUUGAUGAGGAUGAUGAAAGUAUUGAUCAAGAGAAAACAGAGCCCUCUGUUUCAUCGUUGAUAUCGCUAUGGAACAGUUGGAAAUUGAAAGACUUAUUGCUAUUCAGAAGUGCUUCUGAGAGUCGAGCAAGUAGCAGUACAGAAGAGUUAAACAAGUAUUCUCUAGUGAAGAAAAUCCGUCAAGAAAAUGUGAAGAAUUCAUCGGAAUUGAGUUCGAGGAGGAAGACGAGGAGACCGGUUUCGGCUCAUGAAUUGCAUUACAAGAUGAAGAAGGAGAUGUUGAAAGAUAUGAAGAAGAAAACUUUCUUACCAUACAAGCAAGGUUUACUUGGUUGGCAUGGUUGCUCUGGGUUCGAUGAUACAGUUUCUGCCUAUAUGACUCCUCGUCAAUAGUUAAUAAUCUGAUUCUUUCCAUGUGUAAUUACAUUUAUUUGUUUGAUAUAUACUUCCUGAUUUCCACCUCAUCUAAUGUGAACGUUUCUAAUGAUCCCUAGCCGGAGAAUAUGAACUUGAUGAAUUCAAUUUCUAAAGUUCGUAGCAUUGAGCUUA